AGGUCGGUCACGAAUCAAAAGGACGGGGACCCACUCACUCCACUCCGUCUCACUGGUAGGGGUGGCAAUGCCUCCCAAGCGCAAGUCUCCGGCGGCGGUUGGGUCACCGAGGAAGACACGGAGCAUGGCCGCCGGGAAGCAGCGCGAGGAAGCUCCGGCCAAAAAGGAGGCGGGGGCGCCGGCUCCCGAACAGAAGAAGGGAAGGAAGCGGGCCAAGAAAGACGAGGCAGAGGUGGCGGAGAACAACUCCGACGCUGUGGCUAGGGACGGCAAGCGCAUCGUCGUGGAGGCAUGCACCCAAUGCAGACAGUUCAAGAUCAGAGCUACGAAGGUAAAGGAGGAUCUGGAAAGUGCUGUCCCUGGUGUUUCUGUGGUAAUCAACCCUGAAAAGCCACGGCGUGGUUGCCUGGAGAUUCGUGAGCAAGGUGGUGAAGUAUUCAUAUCGCUGCUGAACAUGCCACGACCUUUCACAGCGAUGAAGAAGCUCGACAUGGAUGAGGUCAUCAAGGACAUAGCGAACAAAAUCUGCUGAAUCCAAUCCACAACUCGUGGGUUGAAGAACUUCAGGUGGCUUAUAACUAGUAACAAGCCUUCAAAUCCACCUUUCUGUUGGAACUUCAUCUUGAACUGUUACUGAAUGGUACUCCAUGCCACAUGUCCAUGGUGUUGAUUCACUGGCCACCUUUCUGUGUUCGAUGAGUUAGAGACAUGCCAAACUGAUCGCAGUAGUAACGCGGUGUACCUCUCUCAAGACUUGGUUGAAUUCUGAUGUUCUGAUAUCAUAGGUUCUAUUCUGGCCACACGUUUGAAUUGCAGCUGUUCUUGAUAGGCAAUGAGGCCAGGCUAUAUUCAGGUGAGAGGCUAAAUACCCAAAUUGAUGAUGUGUGGAGUCAUUGCAGUCCUCAAAUCAAAUGAUGUUGGCUCAAAUAGUAAUAUAUUUGUUUCUUUCAGUUAACAUUUCAGGGAUUAGUAGCAUAUCUAGGUGUAUUGACAAGCUUACA